AUGGCUUUGAUACCUACAGAUUCACGCUUCUUUAGCACUGUCUCCCGCUUCCCUCCCUGCCCGCAUCCUCCUCAUCAAAGCACUGCUCCCCGCCUUUCUCCGCUUCCCCUUAUCUCUGCGCCUACUUCUCCUUUAGGGACUUCCGGCCCACAGCUCUGUGAGCGUUUGCGCUGCAGAGGGCGCUCACGAGGGGGCGGGGAAUGGGGACUGCUGAUGGGGCUGGCGGAGGCUAUAGAGGAUGUGUUUGGUGUUGAAGAUGGCGGGGCGGUGGUACGGUGGAUAUAUCGCCAACCCCACAGGUCAGAGUGGAGAGGGGUGGGUAUUCGUGUGAAAGUUGGCCAAGGGGACGCUCCGCACCUAGUUUUUCUACACAGACUCAUAGACACACGCCCCAACGGGCACACCGCUCAGCUCUCCCAGGCGCUAUCCCCUCCCUUCCCCAUACCCUCUCGCUCCGCCUCUCUCUUCCCACCCCCCCCAGCUAUGAUGCACCUCUCCGCACAGUACCUGCUUCUCACGUACCGAUUUCUGGCCCAUAAAUCCCCCACCUCUGCAACAUGGGCGCACUGUUCACAGGGAACCCGCGGGCUUCCAAGUGCACUCCUUCCAGGGCUCCACCGCACCUUCCUCUCACCACCCUUACCCUCUUUUCUUUCCUCCUCCACUCCUCUCUUCACCAGCUUCACACCUGCCUCUCCUACACCCACUUCUGGCCUACUGAAACCACGCUCCUACGCCCCGCACCUGCUUCUCCCACGCCAUCUUCUGCCCCACGGACUCCCCCAUACCCACGGCACGGGCGCACUGCUCACCCAAGAAGAGGUUGCUGCCAUGGCAGAGCUGCACGGGAGGCUGCAGGCGAAGCUGGGUGAGGCCCGGCUGCUGGGUUCCCCGUGGCGGUUUUUGAGGAUGGCCGGGCAGAGGGAGGAGGAGGUGCGUCCGAACUGGUGGGAGGGGCGGCUGGGUCCCCCGUGGCGGUUUUUUAGGAGUGACGAGCAGAGGGAGGAGGAGGUGCGUUCGGGAUGGGUAACUCCCCCAUCCGCUCCUUGUCCCUUGGCAACUUGUUCGAGCGAGGGGGAGGGCGAGUGGGCACGGGAGGUGGCGGCGGCGGUGGCGCUACGGUGGCUGGCAGCACUGGGCGUGGACAGUGGGGAGGAGGGAGAGGGAGGGGAGGGGAAGGGGGAAGAUGAGGGGGAUGGGGAAGGAUGA